AGAUAAUUUUCGUACACAUAACUAAUAUGAUAUGAAUAAUAAAACAAUAAUCGUACCACGUUUUUAAAUGUUUAAAUACCUAUCGUAAGAUUUAAAAAAAAAUCAUUGCUGAUUUUUUUACAUCAGAACAAAUAAAAAGCAAUAUAUUUGGUACGUAAAAAGGCAUUUCAAAACAAAUUUGUUGCGUCAUGAUUUCAGUUGAUAAUAUUCAUGGGGACAAACGCCGCAUGGCAUCGUCGGCAUCUAAUCUUUCAAGUCUUUCGGAACGCGACAUUGAGUACAAGCAACCAGUGUAUUUUACACCUGAUAAAAAUCUUGAAGAGCAAUUUGAGAACGAUACCGAUCGUCUUAAUAGGAAAGAUUCACAAAUCUGUAAGUUGGACAAGAUGGGAAAACAACAAUUCAUGGCCAUACCAGACCGUCGAGUAAUUGACAGAAGCACAUUCAAGCGGUUAAAAAAUAAAGCUGUGGUAGUAACCGCGGAAGAUCGAAGAAAAAAAGUCGAAGACUUAAUGGCCGACAGAGAGAGGCUAGAAAGCGAAAGCGCUGCCAGGAAGCAAAAACUACAGAGCUAUGACAUACUUAGGACUAAAGGAAAACAACUUGCACAGUUAGAUGAUGAAGCAAAUAAGAAGUCCAAUUACCUUCUGGCCAGAGCACAACAAUUGAGACAAGACCAAGAAGAUGAAAUAAAACAGUGCAACUCUCUAAUAUUAAGUACCAAGUGCCAUGCCAUCAGAAACGCUCAAAUUGCUGAAAAACAACUUAUUCAGAAAGAAAUGAAAGAAGAAGAACGUCGGAUGGAAGAAAUGAUGGAACGAGAACGAGCGUUGGCUGCUAAAGAACUCGAAAAGGCAGCAGAAGUCGAGAGGCUAAAAAAAAAAUUCCAAGCAGUUGAGGUCGAGAAACAAAUAAAAGAGAACGAGAUCGCCAGAGAAAUGGAGUUGGCUAGGAUGGCGGAGGAAGCGAUGAUUCGAGCGGAAGCGGUGAACAAGAUCCGGCAUGACGAGGCUGAAAGCUACAAGGCGAGAAUGGAAAAACAGGCACAACUUCGCAAAGAGUACAUGUUGCUCAAUGCACAGAUAAGAGAUUCGAAAAAACUGGAAGAAGAGAUGAAUAACAUCGAAGUGCUGCAGAUACAAGAGUACACUCGCAAAAAGAAUGAACGGGAAAUAGCGUUCGAGCGAGAGCUACAAAAGCAGAAACUUCUGAAGGAAAAAUCUAUUGCUAAAAUACAGGCUAGUCAACAAGCUACGUACGAUUUGCGAGCCACCAAGGACGAGCUAAACGCGCUCAGAGUCAGAGACCAGGUAGAACGUGAGUGGCGCCGUAAGGAACGAGAAGAGGCCAUAAAAAAAGUCGCGGUAGAAGAAGAAUUAAACUCGAUCAGGCGCAAACAGAUUGAAGACCAAAGAAUAGCGUACGCUUUUGAAAUUCAAAGAGAGAAGGACGAAACUGAAAAAAUCGCUAAACUCAACAUCGAAGACAUCAAAAAGAGUAAAGAAAUGGAUGAAAAAAAUAAAAUGAAAAUCGAAGCACAUCGUAGAAACCUAUUAAAACAGAUUAACGAUAAAGAACAGGAAAAGAUACUCGAACGAAAAAGGUUCUUCCAGGAAGGUAUAAGGCUGAAACAAGAAGAGCUUGCCAGGCAAAAAAUGUUACGCGACACAAUGUACAAUAAAAUCGAGGAACUCAAGUAUAAAACUACAAUUAUUAUUAUUAUAUUAACUGAUACAGAGCUGGCAUUCAUUUCCACAUUGUUUUGAAUAAAUUAACGAUUAUAACAUGAUUUCAGGAUGCACAACGUACCGGAAAAGUUUGUACAAGGGAUUGUGAGACAACUCAAGUUAUACAAAUAAUAAAACUUUCGACGAUGGUAUAUUUCCGGAACAUAGUUUUCAUAAUGAAUGAUAUGUCAUUAUAUUAAAAUAAUUCCUUACACACUUAUCAACUUACUACAAAUUUACACCUCAUAUGACAUAUUAUACUUACACAAUUUAUACACACGUGCGAAGUGAUGAAUUUCACACUCAAGAUGCGAUUCUCGGCAAAAGCCUAAUGGAAUUCUCGUGUAAAUUAUAAACACGGAGUAGGUAUCGGUUUUGAUUGAAUAAUCACAAAAUAUUACGUUUCAUAAGCUAUUCUUGCCACAACAUUAUGGUAUAAAUGAAUGUACAAUAGUCGUUAUUUACCGAUAGAACAAUUUAAGGAAAUUUAAAACGUCGUAACUACAUGCAACAUAUAUUCAAUAUUUUUUGUUAUAAUUUAUACUUUGGAUUAGUUCGAUGCAUAAAUUAAAUUAAUGAAACAGAAUCAUUAGCGUUUUAACACCAUAGUAUAGUAGCCACUUGCCACAAUCACAAUAAAUUUACUUCAAUUUUUAAUUCCCGUAGUAUUUUAUCAUAACAGAACAGACAAAAAUUAAAAUACAAUAAAAUCAAAUACAACUGUACAACAUUAAACAAACAAAAUAUUAAGUUAAAUAUUUUUUUUUGCAUCUUGUUUAACUCUUAAUGACUGAAAUUGUACAUGAGCAUAUCAGCAUAAUUGUACACUACCAUAAUAUUUUAUACCCUUACAAAAUAUUGUUUAAAUUAUUUUCUGUUUACGCAAACUGGGUAUGUGACAUACAACAAUGUAUUGGUAAAUAGCUUUAAGUUGGUUACUGUCUUUUAGUACACUUAGAUAUAGAAGGUGAUUAUUAUAUCAAUUUUUAAUGUACAAUAUAGAAAUGUAUUACUAAUGUGAAUUAUCAUUACUCUUGAUAUAUAUAGUAUAAACAAUGCAUAAAUAUAAUAUUUAAGUUUCAUCAUUCAUCUAUAUUUCAGCAGUCAUUACUACAGCAGCUACCUCAUAGGCCACUCUGAUAAUAAAAGAUUUAUUAUUAAGAUUUACUGUAAAUAAUAAUUAAAUCUCUAAAAUACAAAAAUAUUCUAAGUAUCAAUAACAGAUUGCACAUUUAAUCAAUUUAAGGAUAAGAUAUAUUUAAAUCUCAGUAAGGAAUGUUCAGGUUCAUACAAAGUAAAAAAAAGAUUUAAAAAAUACAUGUAGUAGUAUAUUCAUGUAUUCAUAAAGAAAGAAACAACCAAUACAUACAGUAAAUUUAAAAUUGCAUUCUGUGUGGGUAUUGAUUAUUUCUUAAUCCAAACAUGGAUGAGAGAUACAUGAAGAAAGAUUUCUUGUCUGGAUGUUGCUUGAUAAUGUUCAAUACCUG